AUGGUUCUGUCUUACAGUGGACUGUCUUUACUGCAAACGGAUCAAAGACCUCCAUCUCCUCCUUUGAAUAUCACUGCUUCUUCAUUCACACAAACUCAGUUUCUUCUUUCAUGGGAUCGCCCGAUAAAUCACAGUUGUUUUACUCUUCAUUGCAAUCCUACAAUUACUGGUCAUACAUUGAUCACUAACAUUAGUACUGAUGAUACUGACAUUACUAUUAGCCUACCUUCUCCUAUUACUGAUUUUGUCAUCAAUGGAGCCACUCCUGGUUUAACAUACACUGUACAAGUGGCUGCCAGUAAUUCUAUUGGACUUGGACCAUUCACUACUACUGCUUUUGAGAUAUAUUCAAUGGAAACGUCAAAUUUUGUUACAGUGUCACCAACAUGUACUCAAAAGGGACAUACUAAGACAGCUGUCAAUCCUUUCAAUGUUGGUUUGCUGGUUCUUGGAUACCUCGGUGGGCUACUCUCUUCUCUCUCUGUCAUUUAUUGCUGCUAUUGUGUGGCUGAGAGUAAAAAAGCAAAGAAAGAAGAACCUCCCAAAAUUAACACUGAUACACAACAUGAAGAUGAGGAACAACUAAUUGCAACAAGUACACAUUGA